AUGGCUGCCCACGUCGUGCUCGUCUGCCUGGCGCUGGUCCUCGGGUCCGGCUCCCUGGGCCCGAACGGCAGCCCGCGCGCGGCCGUGGACGCCCAGGCGUCGCCCGCCACCGUCGCCACGCCCAAUCAAACGGCGCCGCCGUCCUCCUCCGAGUCGCCGGCGGAGGUGACGCUGGCCACGCCGAGCGCCGCCGCGCCCCCCAGCGUGGCGUCCGAGCCCAAGCCCAAGCAGGUCCUGCCCAUGGGCGGCAACUGCCUGGGCUACUACGACGUCAUGGGCCAGUGGGACCCGCCGUUCAACUGCAACGCCGGCGUCUACCAGUUCUGCUGCGGCUCCUGCUUCUACCGCUACUGCUGCUCCAGCAAGGUGCAGGGCCUGGACCAGCUGGCCUGCUCCAACUACGACACGCCCGUGUGGGCCAACACAGGCAAGCCGGAGCAGCCCGUCACCGAGGCCCAGGAGGAGCCCGAGCGCGACAGCACCCACAUGAUCGUCUACAUCAUCUGCGGCGUGGUGGCCAUCAUGGUGCUGGUGGGCAUCUUCACCAAGGUGGGCCUGGAGAAGAGCCAAGGGCGACAACAGGACAUGCCCAACUCCAGGACCCUGACGGAGCUGCUGAAGCAGCCAGGAGAGGCGGGCGGAGUGGACAGGGCGGGAGGCCAUCACCCAAUCGGAACCAACGGCAUCUCUGGCAGACCCCUCCGCACCAAUAACGAACACAACCAUCUGAACAACGCCGCUCUCUCCCCGCUGGGCCCGGCCAUGGCGCUCUCUCACCCCCACAACAACCUGGGCCUGAACUUCAACAAGUACACCUCCCUCAAGGCCGUGGACUCGGGGCUCCGGGACUACUACAAGAGCUACCCCAUGAUGGACUACGCGCCGCGCCAGACCUCCAGCCCGCCCACCUUCCAGCCCAUCAUCGCCUUCCACCCCAAGGACAAGCCCUUCCUGCCGCCGCCGGACAUCCACGCGCCGCUGGCCAUCGCCGCCACCGUGGCGCCGCUGGCCAAGCCCAAGAUCUCCAAGACCAACACGCACCCGCUCACCUCCGCCUCGGCCUUCAAGGUGUGGGACCCCAGCAAGAGCCACGUGCAGCACCCGCAGCUGGCCCACAUGGGCCCGCCGCUGCAGCAGCCGCCGCCGCACAUGGGCCACGCGCAGACGCUGGUGCACGCGCACACGCUGCAGUCCAUGCAGUCGCUGCAGGCGCACGCGCAGGCACAGGCCCAGGCCCAGGGGCAGCCCAACAGCCGGCGGCAGGCCUACUCGAACAAGCGGCAGUUCAGCAUCGAGACGCUGCCCGAGCUCUUCUCGCAGCCGCCGCUGGGCUACGGCCAGUCGCCGCACAUGCACCCCAAGCACAAGGGGCUGCCCACCAACAGCAAGACGGAGGUCACGGUCUGA